GCGUCUGUUAUCUUUUGAUUCAGUUUUGUCAUACUACCAAGGCUUUGUUUAUAGCUCCACUUUGAUAUUUUGGUUAUCCUUGCUUCCAUGUGAAGGUUACAAUAUUUGUUUCCUGAAUCCGACAUCAGAAAAUUUUGUUAGAAUGGACCUGCAACAUAAAGUGUUUCUUCUUCUUCUGCUGCUUCCUUUCCAUGUUCUUCUUAUUACAGCACAGACAGCCAGUCAAGACUUUACUGCCCUAUCAUCCCUCACACAAUCUUGGAAGAACAAGCCACCAAAUUGGGUAGGCUCGGAUCCUUGUGGCGGUAAUUGGGACGGAAUUCGUUGCUCCAAUUCAAGAAUUAUCGAAUUGAAACUUGCAGGCUUGACUAUGGAGGGACAGCUCUCUUCAGCAAUCCAGUCCCUAUCUGAACUAGAUACCAUUGAUCUUUCUUACAACACGGGCUUGACAGGAACAAUUCCACGUGAAAUUGGGAAUUUGAAAAAGCUAAACUCCCUAGCAUUGGUUGGUUGUGGUUUAACUGGUCCUAUUCCAGAUUCAAUAGGGUCUCUAAAGCAGCUAACCUUUCUAGCACUGAACUCUAACAAGUUCAAUGGAAACAUUCCGCGCUCUCUCGGCAAUCUCACCAAUCUUGAUUGGCUAGAUCUUACUGAUAACCAACUUGAAGGAUCUAUUCCUGUCUCUGAUGACCAAGGACCAGGUCUUGACAUGCUCCUUAAUACCCAGCACUUUCAUUUGGGGAACAAUAAGCUCAAUGGUACAAUACCAAGAAAACUUUUCAGCUCCAGUAUGCACCUCAAACAUGUGCUUUUUGACAGCAAUAAUCUAACUGGUGGUAUUCCUAGCACCCUUGCUCUUGUGAGCACAGUGGAGGUGGUGCGCUUCGAUAGGAAUAAAUUAAGCGGGCCAGUGCCUUCAAACUUGAACGAUCUUAAAGAUCUUAGUGAGCUCUAUUUAUCUCACAAUGGACUGAAUGGCUCUCUGCCGGAUCUUACUGGAUUGAAUAAACUAACCUAUGUGGAUCUAAGCUACAAUAAUUUCAACUCUUCUUCUGAUAUUCCGUUAUGGGUUUCAAGUCUGCCAGAAUUGACAACAGUGAUACUAAAGGUUAACCGGCUCAGUGGCACAUUGAACCUUACCAAUAGCCCCAGCAAGAGUCUGCAACUCAUUGAUUUGGAGAAUAAUCUGAUAACGGAUCUCGAGCCAAGAACCGACCAAUUUAGUUUUGACUUGAUACUGAUUGACAAUGGAAUUUGCCGCGAAAAUGGAGCCUCUGAACUGACUUACUGCAAGGUGUCCCAAAUCGUUCCCUCAUAUGCAACACCAUCAAGUAAUUGUUUACCUCCACCAUGCAGUGACAACCAGAUUGCCAGCCCUAACUGUAAAUGUGCAUUUCCCUAUACUGGAGUUCUGGAAUCCAGAGCUUUUAGCUUCUCAAACUACAGUAACACAAGUUACUACAAGGAGAUUGAGCAGACUCUGAUGGUUUCUUUUCAAGAACACAAGAUGGCAGUGGAUUCAGUUUCUCUCAGCAAUCCCAGGAGGAAUUCAUCUACUGAUAAUUUUCAGUUGACUCUGAAUGUCUUCCCAUCUCAGUCUGAUCGUUUCAAUACAACUGGAGUUUUGAGUGUUGCUUUUCUGCUAAGCAACCAGAUUUACAAACCCCCAGAGUACUUCAUCCCUUACAUCUUCAGUGGUCUUAGUUAUCAGCACUUUGGAGGAGAGAGCAAAGGAUCAAGCUCAUCAAAUACAGGGGUAAUUGUUGGUGCAGUUCUUGCUGUAUUGGUAUUUCUUGUACUAGCACUCCUUGCAGGGAUAUAUGCCAUCCGCCAAAAAAGAAGAGCAAAAAGAUCUGGAGGGUCAAACCCUUUUGCAAAUUGGGAACAGAACAAGAAUAGUGGCACUGCUCCUCAGCUGAAAGGAGCAAGGUGGUUUUCUUUUGAAGAGAUAAGGAAAUACACCAACAACUUCUCAGAAGCCAAUAAUAUUGGAUCUGGGGGCUAUGGAAAGGUUUAUCAAGGUACUCUUCCCUCUGGGGAGUUGGUUGCCAUCAAACGGGCAGGAAAAGAAUCUAUGCAAGGUGCUGUAGAGUUUAAAACUGAGAUUGAACUUCUAUCAAGGGUCCAUCAUAAGAAUCUCGUUAGUCUUGUGGGCUUCAAUUUUGAGAAGGGUGAACAAAUGCUCGUGUAUGAGUACAUUCCAAAUGGCACUGUCAUGGAUAGUCUCUCAGGAAAUUCAGGGAUAUUGAUGGAUUGGAUACGAAGGCUGAAAGUAACACUCGGUGCCGCAAGGGGUCUGUCCUAUCUACAUGAACUUGCUAACCCACCAAUCAUACACAGGGACAUAAAAUCAAGCAAUAUCCUACUUGAUGAUCACCUCAAUGCUAAAGUUGCAGAUUUUGGUCUCUCCAAACUUCUUGUUGAUAGUGAAAGAGGCCAUGUCACUACUCAAGUCAAAGGGACAAUGGGGUACUUGGAUCCUGAAUAUUACAUGACCCAGCAGUUGACUGAAAAGAGUGAUGUAUACAGCUUUGGAGUGUUUAUGCUAGAACUAGCAACAGCAAGAAGACCAAUAGAGCACGGAAAGUAUAUUGUAAGAGAGGUAAUGAGGGUCAUGGAUACAUCUAAAGAUUUAUACAACCUUCAAUCCAUAAUAGAUCCAACUUUAAUGAAAGGGACAAGCCCAAAAGGUCUAGAAAGGUUUGUGGCACUGGCAAUGAGGUGUGUCAAAGAAUAUGCAGCUGAGAGACCUACAAUGGCUGAGGCUGUAAAAGAGAUUGAGAACAUAAUUGCGCUUACUGGAGAGAACCCCAAUGGUGAAUCAGCUUCAAAUACAGAAACUUAUGAGGAAGCAGGCCAGGGAAAACAUCCUUAUGUCACAGAAGAAUUUGAAUAUAGUGGAAUUUUUCCAACAACAAAGGUAGAACCUCAAUGAGUUUUGGUAUAUAUUCUUUUGUAAGGUUUGGUGUGUCAAUUUUGGAUUCAAACCCCCAUUGGACCCUGUAUAGGCGGUUGCUCUAGAAAGAAAGAAAAAAACUAUCAUUACAGAAAAGGACAAGGUUUAACUCCAAUUUCUAAAUUGAUAGGCUCUCAUUGGAUUAUAAUGUUUAUUGUUAGCAUUAAAAUGCAUUUUGCCUGAAGGGGGGAGGAGGAAUGGACUUGGUGAUGGAAUGUCAUUUCCAUUUAUACUUAUUUAUGUUCUAGUCAUGAAAAUGUUUUGUGAAUAUUUGAGUUAUAUUGUAAUAUUUUGAAUGUAAGUACAAUACAGAAUGUUGAGUUUCAAAAGACAGCAUAUCUGUUUUUCUAUCA